CCAUAAUUGUUCUUUUAAUUGUUCUUACUUUUGGGACAAAUUUUUCAUUGUAUCAAAACAAAAUAAAAGUCGAAGUGAAAGCGUCUAGUCCAAAACAACGAAACCGACAGAUGCGAAUCAGAAGAUUAAACGUCCGGAUACAACGAUCAAUUGCGUACGGCUCUAGUUAGUAUUCCAUACCGGCCAACGAGCGGCGUCUGCGCAUGCGCUCGCUUUUCACAGCGCAUCAAAGCAGUAUAUGAGCCCAAGAGAGGGAUUCGAGGGAGCUUUUUAAAUGGGCGCUGAGAUGGAUGGAGCUACGCGGAACAGGGGUGUUUGCGCCAAGCAAGAUCCAGGGGCGCAGCAAAAGAUGAUGGAAAAUGACAGCAAUAAGUGUGACAACGUCCCAGAGAGAGUGACUCUCAAAAAAGAAAUCGGACUCCUAAGCGCCUGUGCUAUUAUUAUAGGUAACAUAAUAGGUUCCGGAAUCUUCAUCUCACCUAAAGGGGUGCUGGAACAUUCUGGCUCCGUGGGCCUGGCACUGAUCGUGUGGGUGCUGGGUGGGGGUGUCUCUGCUUUGGGCUCCCUCUGCUAUGCUGAGCUGGGGGUCACCAUUCCAAAGUCAGGUGGGGACUAUUCCUACGUGACUGAGAUAUUUGGAGGCCUGAUGGGGUUCCUGCUGCUAUGGAGUGCCGUGCUCAUCAUGUAUCCUACCACCCUGGCUGUUAUCGCCCUCACCUUCUCCAACUACGUCCUGCAGCCAGCCUUCCCCUACUGUGUGCCGCCGUAUGUCGCCACCCGCGUGCUGUCCACCGCCUGUGUCCUACUCCUGACCUGGGUGAACUGCUCCAGUGUGCGCUGGGGCACCAGGAUCCAGGACAUCUUCACGGUGGGCAAGCUGCUGGCACUGGGACUCAUCAUCGUGGUCGGCCUGGUACAGAUCUGCAAAGGACAUUAUGAGGCACUACGUCCGCAGGCAGCCUUUGAAUUCUCCAAGCCAGCCUCCGUGGGUCAGGUGGCCCUAGCUUUCCUGCAGGCCUCCUUCGCUUUCAGUGGAUGGAACUUCCUGAACUAUGUCACUGAGGAGGUGGUGGACCCACGCCGGAACCUGCCUCGUGCCAUUUACAUCUCCAUCCCGCUGGUGACUCUGGUGUACGCCCUCACCAACAUCGCCUACUUCUCCUCCAUGACCCCCCAGGAGCUGCUGGCCUCGAAUGCUGUUGCCGUGACCUUCGGGGAGAAACUGCUGGGCAUCUUUUCCACCAUCAUGCCCAUUUCUGUGGCUCUGUCCACCUUCGGGGGUAUCAAUGGCUACCUGUUCACUUCCUCCAGGCUCUGCUUCUCUGGGGCCAGGGAGGGACACCUGCCUAGCCUGCUAGCCAUGAUUCAUCUGAAACACUGCACGCCCAUUCCUGCCCUCAUGCUUUGCUGCACAGCCACCAUCAUAAUCCUGUGCAUCGGAGAGACACACAACCUGAUCAACUAUGUGUCCUUCAUCAACUACCUCUCCUAUGGGGUCACCAUCGCCGGGCUGCUGUACUACCGCUGGAAAAAACCCACACUGCACCGGCCCAUUAGGGUGAACCUGCUGGUCCCCAUUAGCUACCUCUUGUUCUGGGCGUUCCUGUUGGGCUUCAGUCUGAACUCGGAGCCCGUGGUGUGUGGCAUCGGCCUGGUCAUCAUGCUCACUGGAGUUCCCGUCUACUUCCUAGGGGUCUACUGGAAGGACAAGCCAAAGUGGAUCUACCGCGUCGUCGAAUCAGUCACCUACAUGGGCCAGAAGGUGUGCUUUGUGGUGUUCCCCCAGAUCGACCCGCUCGAUGGCACGCCGCCCCAACAACAGACGGACAAGCUUCAGUCGUGAGCCGUCUUUCCCCACUCGAUUUUCCAGCCGUGCCCUCUCCCGACUCGCUUCAUCCUCUCCACCAGCAGCUCCCAGUCUCCAAGCUAUGCACAGGUGGAAAAUGGGUUCUCCAUCUGCAUGGAGAUGGUCGCGUUUUCCUUCAUAGUGUUUCCGUUGUAUUAGUAGAUUUCUGUUCUCCCCCGUUUACUGAAAGACUGUACCACCAGCGGCCACAUUGCAAAGUGACUGCUUUUCUUUCUGAGGGAACAAUGCAAUGUUUCGCUGUCUGUAUUGACACAUCGUCUUGGUGAUUGUGACUGCGUCCAUAAUGCUCCUCCUCCUCCCCCAAGCACUUCCUGCAUCACGCUGUGGAACGCGGAUCCCCUGACCUGCCUGCAAUGUGCCGUCGGCGUGACAUGCUCCAGCGGGGGAGGGGCAGUGUCCCUUUCCCUCUCUCAGACUCAGUGUGUAGCAUUUCUCGCGAGAAAUGCAUACAAGGGAAGGCCAGUAUCAUAGCAGCUUUGCCUUAACAAACCCCAGAUGCAGUGUAACUACAGUGCACUAACCACAGCGUGCUGUAUGAGAUCUUUAUUAACUCAUGUCUGUAGGUGCUGAAAGCAGAAGGAUAGCACUUAAGCCAUAUGUCCAGGCUAACUGAACCAAACUAAAUACACCUAGUUGCUUUUAUUCCUGUUAGAAAGGUAAACAGUAGCACUUAUGUCAACUAAUAGCCUUCACAUCGUGCUGACUGUUCUCCUGUCGCUUCCACCCGUGCAGAAAGAUCAAGGCUUUAUGUAACAGUGUUACCAGUCAGCGUUUCAUCCUGCCUGAAAGGAUCCUGUACAGUUACUUCCCAGCUGCUGGAUUUCUCCAGCUGCUCAACCUCGUGGAUGGUACCGCAGCCUUUAUAUUUACCCACAGUGCCCAUGUUAAAUCAGAGGUGCCCGCUGUCUCAUUCAAAGUGUCCUCUGGGGCUUUCUGCGUGUCAGCGCUGCCGACCCGCGGUGGUUUAGGGUUUUUCGUGUCAUGUGACGGGCUCCCGCGCAUCUCCAUCCUGCAGAGCGUUCGUGCAGGAUCAGGAUCCCGGGGUGUCACGUGUUCCUAGAAAGUUUACCUUAUGCACUUGUGGCACACAUGCACUUGUAAGACACAGAGAUAACAUUAGUGUAAUAAAUUUGACAUGGAAGAAAAAA